CAACUAACAAAAAUGAAUGACAAAAGCAAAAAUCUUUUUGAAGACUUAGGAAAGCCAACUCUAAGAGGAGUACGUAAAUGUCCAAAAUGUGGGACUUACAAUGGCACCAGGGGACUUUCAUGCAAAAAUAAAGAUUGUAAAUUAGUUUUUAAGAUGGGAAAAGAAAAACGAAAACCUGAGCCUGAAGUAGAUGCUGUGAAAAUAGUUAGUGGUUCACCUUUGCAAAUAUACUCAGUGAAACUUGGAGAUAUCAAUGAAGACAGUCGAUGUUUCGUACAUCUCCCUUUAAUAGAAGGUAUUGAAGCCUUACAGGAUGAAGCAGAAGUAACUAUCAUUAAGAGAAGUGCUGCAACUUGUUAUGCUGUUAGUUGUAUGAAACCAGUAGAAGACACUGGAACAUUGCAUUUAAAUCUUAAUCCAUGUUCACACACUCAUUCAGUUGUAAAUUGUGUUACAGAAGCUGAACCUUUGAUUUUAAAAAAGAAUGCUUUAAAAAGUCUGCCUAUUUCUGAAAUUGUCAAACAACAGAUCUGUUCCUUAGUGUCAAAACCUGAAGAACAUCUAGUGCAAAGAAUAACUAAAAACACAAUGGUUACUAAAUGCAUCCCAGAUGACUUGCACCCCUUAGGAUAUUUGCAUUUUUCUAUAUUUGAACCUGGUAAAAAUGCACGCAAGUUUAAAAUUCUAUGUGGCUGCCAACCUCAGAUGACAAAGCCUUUUGCACCAAGAGAAAAACAGCUAUGUUUGCAUUUUUACAUGUGUGUUUGUGCUUUUGCCAGUAAUUCUAAACUAAUGGAAGAAUUUAAGCCAGUUGUUCAGUCUGUAUUUUUAAAAUCUGCAGCAAAUUUCCAAUUAACUGUAGAACUACCCACAUUUGACUGUGAAUUGGGUGAUCCCAAGGAAUUUUUUAUGGAAGAUGUUUUAUACCCUGCAACAAAAAGAAAAAAGAAUAAUCCCAUUGGUUCAGAGACAGAAUUUAUAUUUAAUGAAAGUGGUGCAAUUGUUAAACAGUUGAAAAAAGUUAGCAAUAUAGAAGUUAAAAAGAAAAGCCCAGUUUUGGAUUCCUCUCCUUCAGAAACUACAGCUGCUCUCUCAUUUGAACAAUGGCUUGCUAGCGUGACAGAACGUAUCAAUCAAACUAUGCAUUACCAGUUUAAUGGAUUUCCAGAUCCAUUAGUUUUUCAUGUACCACAAGUAUUUUUUGAUAUUCUUCAUAAAAGACUUUCUGUUGGUGCAAAAAAGAAACGACUUCCAAACUCAGUCGUGGGGUUUUGCACCAAAGAUUCUUUACCUUUAGGUGUGUUUUCUAAGUAUACUUGGGUAUUCACUAAUGUACUACAUGUAAAACGCAUCUUUGACACACCACAAGUUCCAUUGGAAGUUACCAGAAGUUUUAUUGAAAAUAGAGAUGGCACUUAUGUCCCAUACCAACCUUUAAAAGAUGAUGAAGAAGCUCAAAGUUAUAGAAAGACUAUGAACAAUUUUUUAAUUAAACCCUUAGAAUUGAAAACUUUUUUGAAAGUGGGUAACUUAACUCAAGAUCAGAAGGAGCCCACACCAUUUAUAGUUGAAUGGAUACCAGAUAUUCUUCCAAAAACUCAAAUUGGGGAAUUGAGAAUUAAAUUUCAAUAUGGUCAUGAAAGGAAUGGCAUUUUAGAACAUAGGAACACUACUCAAAAUGGUACUAGAACAGAAAGUCAAGAUAUGCAACCAAAAGAAGGAAAUAAUGCUGUUUAGAACUUUUUAAAUCUAAUGCAGGCAGGCAUAUACAUUAUUUAAUGAAUUACUUUGCUAUAAAUAAAUUUUAGUUAAAAGGUAAAUAUUAUGCCAAUCUUUAGAGACCCCUAAUAGACUUUUCAUUCAGACUACAGCAAUCAUUUAUAAUUAAAACAGGAAUGACAUAAACUGUUUUCAGUGGAGAAGUCAACAACAAGGAUUUUCCUCCUGAAAUUCAGUUGAGAUGGUAUUUGCAUGGAUAAAAUUUAUAAUCAAAUUUAAUGUAUUGUCUUCGUAUUAUUGAAAAUGUUUGAAAUUAAUUUUUGUACAGAUAUAUCAUUUUUUU